GUUUGACACCCCUGCUUUAUUGCCUCCAUGCCCUGCGUGUGACGUCACUGUCACAGUUGCCAGCAGCAAAUCUGUGCGGAGAGCUGCGCAGCCGCUCUGCGUCAGCAGGAGAGGACAGCGCAGCCAUUUCUCUACCCCUCAUGAAAAAAAAACUCCAGCGGGGGUUUGUGAGGGUCUUUCCUCCAAAUAACUUCCCCGACGUGCGGGAAUCAUGAAGUAAGCAGCACAUACCGAGGCGCAGCUCGAUCCCGGAGCUACAAACUUUCUCCCAAAUGUAACGCCUGCGCAGGCGACACACACGCUCGGUCUUUUUUUUCCUGUUGUUUUCUGUCAGAAAUGGAGGGACAUCUGCAAGGCGGCUGCGGGGACAUCGUGAUCCUGCAUGUGAAAACGGAAGCGGUGGAUGAGAACACGUCUGCGCUGGUUCUGAGCAGCCGAGGCUCGCCUGCGCCUUGCGGGGAUUCCGCAUGCAGAGGCGGGGAGCAGACUGCCGAGGAACCGGGGGAGAACACCGCUGCUCCGGGGCUGCUGUACCCGGUGAGUACAGACCGCUUCUUCACCACAUCGGGGGACGGAAAGACGUACCUGAAGAUAGCUCCAGGUGAGAGCAUCAGUGUGAGAGGAUCACACCCAGGGGCGCACCUUGCGAACAAGCAAGGCAGGCAACUGCUUGGGGCCACGGACCAGAAGGGGGCCCCCAAAGAAGACCCGGUGAGUACAGACCGCUUCUUCACCACAUCGGGGGACGGAAAGACGUAUCUGAAGAUAGCUCCAGGGGAGAGCAUCAGUGUGAGAGGAUCACACCCAGGGGCCCACCUUGCGAUCAGGCAAGGCAGGCAACUGCUUGCGGCCCCGGACCAGAAGGGGGCCCCCAAAGAAGCGUCAGCGAUGCCUCCUUCCCCCUCAGAGAAGACGCUUCUCUCCGGCUCUGAUUUCUCCUCCAAAGCCGUGCUGUGUCUGAUCGAGGCGGUGGGCCGGCGCUGGGGCCUCUACGAGACCCGGGAGCGCUCACAGCUCUUCCAGAGUGUCCAGGAGGAAAUGGCCUCCAAGGGCCACCUGCUUCCUGUCGAAAAGAUCCGCCGCAAGUGGAACAACCUCAUCGUCACGUACAAGAGGGUCAAAGACCGCAGCCAGGAGACGGGACACGCCAAAACGUCCUGGGAGUUCUUCGAUUUGAUGGACGCCACUCUCUGCGACACCGUUGGCACUCAGGUCAUCAACAACAAACGAAACAAAAGCGGGAACGCGGUUUCCACGCUGCCUGGUCCUUUGGCCAAGAUCGCUGCGAAACCUGAGGCCGCCCCCCCCCACCAUCAUCCAGCCCAAUGGGGACUUUGCUUCGAGCGGUGGUGUGGACUCAGUGGGUCAGGGAGCCAUCAGCGGUCAACUCAUCAGUACUGCUGCUGCCAUGCCCUCAAUGACCACCGUUAGCCCACCGAAUGCUCCCGAGCUCAAACCCCUGAUCAUCAGUGACAUUGUUACAACCAGCAUUCACCCAGCCACCAUUGUGCCAUCCCCAUCGUUUAUCUCCUCUCCUUGUUUUACAGAGACAGCUUCUCCUUCCCCUUCCCUUCUUAGCUCCACAAGCAACACGGACCACAACACAUCGCGCUACGUAGGCCGUAAAGCUCCGUCGUUCUCAUCAGGCGUCGUACCCUUUCGUCUUAGCAAUGCGCCGCUCUGCAACACCCAGAAUCUCCUCAGCCUUUCCUCCUCUUUCCCCGCUACUUCUUCCUCUCUCACUCCUUCGAUUUCCCACGCAACAACCAUGUCCGCGAGCGAAGGACAGAGCCAGAAAGGAAACGAGGAGCCGAGCAGCGCCACUUUGUCGCAGGAGAUCCUGCAGCGACAGGAGGAACAGUCCUACCUGGAUCGAGUGGCUGGACGCCGAGUGGAAGCCAGGGAGAAGAGGCGCGAGAGGAGGGAGGUCCGGAUGGCAGGGUCCCUCGGCAGGAUAGCCACCGCCCUGGAGCUGCUCUCCUCCAAGCAGGACACAGUCAUCGCCCUCCUGCAGAGACUGGCUGAUCGGAAGUGAUGGAGGCCGGAAACCUGGAAAUCAGUCCCUCUGUAAUCCACGCUAAAGCUGCAUUCACAUGAAACGCGGUAAACGGCUCUGCGAUGACGUUGUGUUUUUAUGGGAAGAUCGGUUCUGCCUGACUACGUGGAAGGGCUACCCUUGGCAUCGUGGACCGCUCAAAACAUUUGUACGAGCUGAUCACUUUUCUACGUUAAGGGAUGAGUUGGUGUUUUUCAGCCUGGGUUGAAACAAAAUGGGGACACUUUUCGAAAUGGGUCCAGUAAUGAGUGAAAGCACUGCAGCUGCAAAACAUACUGCAAUGGAGUCGCUCGCAGUCAUUCCACACCGUCAUUGUUAGGAAAUUGGCAAAAUGCUUGAUUUACAGGCUCAGAUUUGUAUUAUAAGUGUCUGACUUCCUUACAGAAAAUAUCCCACAAAUACAUUAAAUGUUUUACUUGACCUUUCACCUCAUUAGGUCUAUCUGUUAUUCCAAUUAACCAAAUCUCGCACAAUAAUCUUCUAUCAUUUUUGUGACACAUCGUUAAAUGUGACGUAAAAAAUGUUUUCGACAAAAGUGGGCUACACUUUUAAUACUCCCACACAAUCAAUUUUCACAAUAAAGGCAUUUCUAUAUCAACUCUCCCUUAGGUUUUCACUGUUGUCUUCAGGCAACAAGUCAAAUGACACAAUAACAAACAGACCAGUGGCAAAACAACGCUUUGGACGUGCAUUGACAUUGUAGAAAAGCCCCCCAAUGCAGCCCAUUUUGCAGCUCUCACUCAAUGCUGGCACUUUAUCAAAAAUAGUUUCCCCACUAGUCACUUGAACACAAAAACAUGGGGAAGAUGUCAAGGUUAAAAAAUACCUAAAUGAACCUUUAAGCAUAAGUGACAUGGGUGGCUAUUGUUACAUGUCUUACAGUAUAAUACAAUACAUUUCAAACAUUCUCCUUCAACCUUUGGUUAAUAUGAUUUUGUCUCAGUGGAUUAAAGUACAAUAAAUAGUAAUUGUUAUCUCUUGAGAAAAGGCGAAACUUUUGUCAACAUUUGCUCUUGGCACAGAAAUGCACAAAUGACUGCCAAUGUUUUUUCAAGUUAGGUUCAAAGUUUUAUCCUUACUGUCAAUACUCACGCCCCCAUAAGUACAUGGAGUCCAUUUUUGGUCUGCGAAACAAUUAUUUAUUUCAAUACUGGCCAAGAAGAUUUCCCAUCCUAAUGUUCUUCACUGUAAAAGUAAGAGAAGGAGAGAAAAUCUACACUAUGUGUUGAACCCAGUGAGGAUCUCCUAUUGAAUCAAUUUUGGGUAGUUAAAGUUUUCACACUAAGCAGUUUGAUAAGAUGAAACUGAAAUGGUUUCCCUGUUGUUUUUUUAUUAGCAUGGUUUAGUAGCAUAUACAUGUUGUUCAAAGCAUGUGACUUUUCAUUUUAGUAACACAAAAGAACGGUUUAAUGUUUUACCAUGAAUGCAAUGUACUUAUAUAUAUAUACUAUUGCGUUUUAAUGUUGGCAAUUCUUUUUUAGGGGAGCAUUUUGCAGACCUUUGUACAUAUGGAAAACUUUAAUUGUUCUGCCAGUAUCCGGCCUUUAUUACAUUUCCUUUGCAUCAUCACAUUCAUUUUUGCUCUGCAGUGGCAGGACAGGCAACUGGAGAGUGGACCGAUCGAAAUAAAAUAAACUUUAAUAAGAACUAUA